UUAAACAAGAAAAAGAUUGACCGCGCACAGACCACCACAACCCUCCAUCGGUCGUGCCUGCACUCAACAACAGUCGACAAAGCUUCUCGGCCUCUCGCUCUCGCUUGUUCACAUGCCCCAAACGUUAGUGAAACAAACAGGUCACCCAGACUUGACCAAAUUAAAGCCGCAUUAGUAUCGAAAAGUCAGAUUCCUACUCGGGAUAAUCCAGAGCGGAUCCGUCCACUCAUCCAUCGCAGGCGCAGCUGAGCUCAGUAUACUUGUGGCACGCGCCGUCGAGCUGGCCUGGCCGCCUCCCUCAGCACAGCCUAGCUCGAGUGCUUUAUAUACACCCGUGACCCCGGCCGGCCAAUCGAUCCACUCGACUCCACUUUCCAUUCCAGCCUCGCACGGUCGCACCCGCCAAGCAACAAGAAGCAUCUUGCGAGUUGCGACCGACGAUGUCCACGGGAAGGAGGAGAGGAGGCACGGCGGCGCUGGCGCUCCUCGCCGCGCUGUCCGCGCUCCCGGCGGCGUGCCUCGCCGUGACGUCGCCGUACGUGCGGCCGGCGCCGAGGGCGACGCUGCCCCUGCACAAGGGCGCCGACGACGACGCCGACGGCCAGACGCCGCAGCAGGUGCAUAUAUCAAUGGUAGGAGCUGACAAGAUGAGGGUGACAUGGAUCACCGACGACGCCGCGCCGGCGAUCGUCGAGUACGGCACGACGUCAGGCCAGUACCCGCUGGCGGCAACCGGGAACACGACGACCUACUCCUACGUCCUCUACAAAUCCGGCAACAUCCACGACGCCGUCAUCGGCCCACUGCAGCCUAGCACGACCUACUACUACCGGUGCAGCUCCAACCCGUCGCGCGAGUUCUCCUUCCGGACGCCGCCGGCCACCCUCCCCUUCAAGUUCGUCAUCGUCGGUGACCUUGGCCAGACGGAAUGGACGGAGUCCACGCUGAAGCACAUCGCCGCCGCCGACUACGACGUGCUCCUCCUCCCCGGCGACCUGUCGUACGCCGACCUCGUCCAGCCACGGUGGGACUCGUACGGCCGCCUCGUGGAGCCGCUGGCGAGCGCGCGGCCGUGGAUGGUGACCGAGGGCAACCACGAGGUGGAGAAGCUCCCCGUCGUCGAGCCGGCGCCCUUCAAGGCCUACAACGCGCGGUGGCGCAUGCCGCACGACGCGGGGGCCACGCCGUCGGGCGACAACCUCUACUACUCCUUCGACGCGGCCGGCGGCGCCGUGCACGUCCUCAUGCUGGGCUCCUACGCCGACCACGCCGCGGGCAGCGCGCAGCACGAGUGGCUCCGGCGCGACCUGGCGGCGGUGGACCGCGGCGAAACGGCGUUCGUGGUGGCGCUGGUGCACGCGCCGUGGUACAGCAGCAACGAGGCGCACCGCGGGGAGGGCGACGCCAUGCGCGGCGCCAUGGAGGCGCUGCUGCGCGGCGCGCGCGUGGACGCCGUGUUCGCGGGGCACGUGCACGCGUACGAGAGGUUCGCGCGCGUGUACGGCGGGGAGGAGGACCCCUGCGCGCCGGUGUACUUGACGGUCGGCGACGGCGGGAACCGGGAGGGGCUGGCGGGGAGGUACGCGGACCCGCAGCCGGCGGCCUCGGCGUUCCGGGAGGCGAGCUUCGGGCACGGGCGGCUGGAGGUGGUGAACGCGACGCACGCGCUGUGGGCCUGGCACCGCAACGACGACGACGAGCCGGUGCUCGCCGACCAGGUCUGGAUCACCAGCCUCGCCGCCAACCCGGCCUGCCGUCGGAACAACAACUAGCUCGAGCUGUGUGAUACGGUAGUCUCGGCUGCAAGUGAACGAUCGGACCAAGAAAAAAAUAUUAUUUUUUAAUGAAACACUAAAGAAAAAU